AGACAUCAUCGUCCAUUGUGUCAGAAAGUGUAAAACCUCGUCUUUUCUCCGUUUUUCGCGUUAACCACUGGUGAUAAAAAUGUGAAAUUUCCUACACAUACUGAUUUUUAGUGCGUAUUUCCAUGGUAUCGAGCUACCAAAAUUUCAAUAUCAAAACGGAAUAAUCGGAGAACAUUUUGAGAGCUGCUUAAGAAAUUCCAAUAAACUUGCGUGCCGGUUCAGGAAAGCGGAACUUCCGGGAGUAAGAAACCGGAAGACGCGUAUUGACGAGUUUGUUCGAAUGAGUGUGACAUUUGUCGCAGCGCUGGCUUGUUUACGUUCUCGUAUACGCCGACUGCGGCCGAACAGCAUCUACGGUCGACAUUGCCGAGAAAGAGGCGAUACAUACAGAACAAAUUCAAGAAAACUGCACCAAUAUCAGCAAUUAGCAGACCAGAAACUGUGUGCGCUCUAUGACGAUGAGCGAAGAAAACCAAGCCAGUGAGCAUCUCAGGAAUGGACAGUGGCAGAAGGCAAAAGAUAUUUACGACCAGCUCUUAGACACUUCGACCAACAAUUCGAAAUUAUCCAAGGAGCGUAGUAUUGCCUGUUUAUACGGACGAACAGAGUGUUGCCUAGAACUGCAGCAAUACGAACUAGUGGCCCAGGACUGUCGGCUUUUGUUAAGAUUGAUUGCGAGCAGUGAUGACACCAGCAUUCAUGGAACUGGAUCUUCCAGUCCGACUCCUUCGUCCGUGUCGUCAGCAUCAUCAAGUAGUUCGCUUUCAAAUCAGACGAAUAGUCCUACCGUAACAACCGAAUCGAAGAUCCGUAAGCGACUCAUACAUUCUUUGUUUAAACAACAGAAGUACAUCGAAGCAGAAGUUAUACUUCAAGAGUGGACUGCGAAUCAGAACCAAAAUCAGGACAUCGGCCGUCACUUGGAACGGCUUAGAUCUGUUUUGAAAAUGGCGUCAGCUAAUGCUUCUCCCACACCUGCAGGUUUCAAUGCAGAUCAGGAAUCGACUGCUGCAAUCCCUUCACAAGGAGAUGCUUUAUCUUCUGCAUCUGAUUCGUCUGUGGUUGAUCCAUCAUCAACACCUACUUCAACCAUUUCCACUUUGUCUUCGUUGAACGAUGAGUAUGAACAAAUUGAAACAAAGUUGGAAAAUCUCAUUAUUAACAACCUUCCACCGGAUAGAUAUACAAAACAAUUGAAUCAAAUUGAAAAUAACAUACGAUCAAUUGAGCAGUCUCAACAUUUCAACGGCAACAGCAACAAAACUUUAGAAGACACACAGUCCAGUGAACGGAAUGAAACCGACACUGCCAAUCUGAAAUCCGAAAUAAAUUCUAACGGUGAUUACGAUGGUGUAAAUGUCAGUAACCCAGACUCAUCCGAUGGCAAUACUAACCUUGAGCUUGGAAGUAAUGUUAAACAUAAUAGCGAGGCUGUAUCAGAGAAUUCAAAUGACCAAUCUUCGAAUGCUGAAGACAGUGGCAGCAACGCUAAUAACAAUUCGGUGAACAAUUUCCAGAAGCAAUUGGAUAAAAUCAGCAAUAUCAGCUGUGUGUACUGUACGAUGACAUUUCAUGACCGUACUGAACUGCGGGCACAUUGUCAAACCGAAAGUCACCAGAACAUCAUCAUGUCUGAUGAAGGUCGAGAUUGGAAAUGGCGCCCUCCACCUCGUGGUUUCACCGCGGAAUCGUACAGUAUAUGCGAAAAUUAUGCGGAUAACCAGAACUGUCACUAUGGAAAUCAAUGCGUUGAGGCUCAUGGUAGUGACGAGCUGAACGAAUGGAAAGAACGUUUUGAGUAUCGUAAGAAAAAACUACAACGGGCUCGCGAUCGUGAGUUGUAUGGCAAAAGCUAUACCGAGCAACUGCUAGAAAAAUGGGUACAAGCUCCAAGUCCAGACAAGGUUAUGAAGGAAAAAGUGGAAGGAGUUGAUGAUUCCUGCGCCCAGGAUCUUGUAACCACGGUCAGCUCAAAAGUUAGUAAAAGAGAAUGGACUUUUGUGUUGAAGACUCGACGUCUGUUAAAGGCAGUAGCUCUUCUGCAGGAUGCGCAUCGAAAUCAUUUCACUAUCAAGCAGAUACUUCCUGGCGAAGCAAAGAGCAGUAGUGUUGGCAAGAAAACCAACACUAUGGCAUCUGGAAAUAAGGUAGCGGAAGUCGAGCUUAUGUCUGAUCAGGAAUGGGUUACUACUGGGGAAAGUAAAAUUUCAGAUAGUUCGAAUGAGUCGUCAAUUCUGAUGGAGCAUAGAGUUAAAGUUGUCUUUACUACGGAUAUAUAUGGAACAUUCAGACAAGCGGUGGUUUUCGAUUUUGGACACGAGCCGGUAUUGGUAAAACAUCUUUGUGUUGAUGUGGUACCUGUAACUGAAGUUGAUAAGAUUCAAGAAAUUCGUAAAGACAUUGUCAUGUCGACAUCGGAAAGAUGGGAUGAACUAAACUCAGAAAUUAUCAAAUUCACGACAACAAUAGUUCCGCACAUGCAGACACCGGCUUAUGCGGCUGAUGCUGAGCGGGAAAAAGAUCUGUUAGCCAGGUAUCCGUUACCCAAAGCUUCAUCCUUCGUUCUGACACAUUCAACCAUCACCGAGAAAAAACUCACCAAAAAUAAUUAUCGCAAUCGGAUUCACGAAUUGCUUUACGUUGAAGAGAUAGCACGAUAUGAACAAAUUGCACGUUAUAAUUUGACCACGCGAUUAACCAUCGCUACAAACUAUCUUCUAACACCAAGUGGAAUGGCAACGAGCACGGCAAAGUACUCUCAUUCCGGAGAACUUUUUGCUCUUAUGAAGCUCGGCAAAGAUGUUUCGGAAGAUACCUCUGCUGGUAGACUUAUUUUGAACAAUUGCCAGGCUGUUCUUAUCGCAUCCAGAGAUCCUUUACCAGCGGGAGAAAAACGAAAAGUUUACGAGGCAAUAAUCGAAGAUAAGGGGAAAAACAUGAUCUAUCUUAAACUUUCUGCAGAGGGAGUUUCUGGAUUGGGAUUAAAAGCCGACACGGAAUUCAUCGCAGAUAUCCAGUUUCAACCAAACAGACUGACAUACUGCGAAUGGCAUCAUGCCAUAGAUAAAAUAACUGAUUUUAAAAUCAUCUUUCCGGAUAUUUAUCUUGAACCAAGCAUUCCUUGGACACCCCAGCGGCAAUGGGAUGCUUCUUUGGAUCCAAAACUCAACUCCAAGCAAAAAGAAGCCGUAGUGGCCAUUACAACACCUAUUAACGUUUCGCUGCCUCCUAUAUUGCUUAUCGGUCCGUUUGGAACCGGCAAAACGUACACCCUAGCCCAAGCGAUCAAGCAACUUUUGUUGCAGCCGGAAUCGAAGAUACUGAUUUGUACCCAUUCUAAUUCCGCUGCUGAUCUGUACAUUAAGGACUAUCUCCAUCCAUGGGUAGAAGAAGGUAUGGAAGAAGCUAAGCCGUUGCGUGUUUACUAUCACAAACGUUGGGUGGCUACGGUCAACAGUAUUGUACAAAAGUAUUGCCUCAUCGAUUUAAACAUAAACGUACGGAACUUUCGCCGCCCGACCGUCGAGGACAUUUUGAAGUAUCGCAUCGUGGUGGUGACGUUAAACAUUUCGAUGGAACUAGCAUCGUUGGAUCUGCCCAAGGGUCACUUCACGCAUAUAUUUCUGGACGAAGCUGCUCAGGCCAUGGAAUGUGAAGCCAUAAUGCCACUGGCACUGGCCACAGAAAAAACUCGGAUUGUGUUGGCUGGUGAUCAUAUGCAGAUGUCUCCAGAAUUGUUUUCCAACUUUGCUAAAGAACGUCGAUUGCACAUUUCAUUGUUGGAACGCUUGUACGAUCAUUAUUCGAAUGAUUUUCCGUGCAAGAUUUUGCUUUGUGAAAACUAUAGGGCACACGAGGCGAUAAUUAAAUUUACAUCCGAGUUGUUCUAUGAGCAGAAGCUGAUAGCCUCCGGUAAACAACCGCGUCAUGAAAAGUUCUAUCCUUUGACGUUUUUUACGACUAGAGGAGAGGAUGUGCAGGACAAGAAUUCUACUGCUUUCUAUAACAAUUCUGAAGUUUACGAAGUAGUGGAGAGGGUUUGUGAGUUACGCAAGAAAUGGCCAAGCGCUUGGGGUAAGAUAAACGAUCAAAGCAUUGGAAUAAUGACACCUUAUGCAGAUCAGGUAUUUCGAAUUCGGUCUGAGCUUCGAAAAAGGAGAAUGGGUGGAAUAAGCGUAGAACGAGUUUUAAAUGUGCAGGGUAAACAAUUCCGUGCGGUAUUUUUGUCCACGGUGAGAACACGUCGAACUUGUAAUACAAACGAGGGAAGCUCAACGGAAGAUGUCGACUAUGGUUUUCUAAGUAAUUCCAAGCUGCUGAAUACUGCAAUCACACGCGCACAGAGUUUAGUGGCUGUUGUUGGUGAUCCAGUUGCGCUUUGUUCGAUUGGACGUUGCAGAAAAGUUUGGGAACGGUUUAUUGAAAUAUGCUAUCAAAACAAAAGUUUGUUUGGCAUAACAUGGUCACUUUUGAGAUCGCAGUUGGAUGGGGUAGAGCUGAAGAAAACGUAUGUACUAAAUCCAUUAGCACCAGAGUUCAUACCCAGAGCAUUGCAGGCUGAAUCAUAUCUGAGGGAGCAGGCUGCAAAUGUAACGGGCCAAUUUCCGGGACAACAUAAUCAACACAUUCAGCAACCUAACAACUUUCAUCAUCAGAUGAAUCAAAAUUAUUCCGGCAGUCACGCAAAUAAUAACAUGAUGCGCCAAAUGGUGCCGCCACAACAGAUGCCGCAAUCUCAACCGCCCUUCAUAAACCAUGGUCCGGGUGCUCAUGGAAACCAUCCGACAAUGCCUCAGCAAGGCCAGCAACAAUUUCCUUACCAGAAUCCUAUGUUUUUCUAUCAGCAACAACAGCAAGCACAGCAGCAACCAAUCCGUGGUCCACCACCACAUCCCACGGCUCUGGGACCUCCUGUACCUCCCAGUAUUCCACCAGCAGGACCGGCAGGUUUUCCGCAAAGCAAUCAUGCGAAUCUAUGGGGAGCAUCCGGAGCAUCUGGUCCUAUCGUACCCUAUCGAGUGCCCCCAAAAAGUCAACAACUGCGUCCACAAAUGGCGCAACAUCAGCAUAUGUCACUUUCUGCCGGUGGUCGGUCAUUAAUCCCGCCACCUAUGAGAAGUCCUGUCUCGCAACAGCAACAGUUGCCGGCCGCCGUUGCCCAAAUGCCUUUCAUCCAACAACAGCAGCAGAAUAAAACGUUCCAAAACUAUGGUUCUUAUUCACAUCACCAACAGCAUCCAUCUUUAGUAACCCAUCAUCAACAGCAACAGUCUCAUCAGCAACAGCCAGCGCAUCCACUGCAUCAGAAUCAUAUUCGCCCGAUUUUGGGCGGUCCCAUAAGUCCAAGCUCUUAUCAACAACAACAACAACAACAACCACAACAGUCAUCGCUUUUCCCCCAACAAGAACAAUACUUGUCGAAUCUACCAAACGAUCUCGUAGCGUCUCUAUCCGCACGGGCUGCAUCUCAAAUGCAGCUUCCUCCGGGAUCUGCCCAGCAACAGCAACAACAGCAACAGGCUCUUCUACAUCAACAAAAUCAUAAGUUAAAUGCACUACGUAUGGAAGAACGCCAUGCGUUGGACAAAGAAAUUCAAUUUUUUCAAAACGUACAUUUUCCGGAAAAAUUUGGUCAAAAUGCUCAGCUCGCAUCCCUCCAGCAGCAGCAGCAACAGCAGCAGCAACAACAACAACAGCAGCAAUCACAUCACCCAACUGCUCAACUUCAUCAACAUCCGCAUGCAAAUUUAGUGACAACUGAUUUCAAUCAUUUGUUGCCACCCAAUAUGAGUUUUCUUGAUGUUGCACUACAAUCGAAGGAGUUUCAGUAUCUAUGGUUCAUCAAACUUGUCGAAACCCAAGGCCUGGAAGCUGCCAAUAAGUUUACAGACAUCCUCAGACAAGUUCCAACUUUGGCACAAUCGAAUCUUCAUCACCAACAACAACAGCAUCAACAACAGAAAAAGGUCGGCGGCAUUGUACCUUCCCAUGCUGAUUUAAUUUUGGACAACAUAUUGAACCCCAAUAAAGAUAUUCUGGCCGGUCACAUGCCCUCUACUGCAACGUUGCACAGCCAAAUGAAUGUCGCCAAUCCAUCGUCAUCGGGAGUGUCCAAUGGAAAUACUUUGGUCGUUCAAGGAGACAGUGGAAAGGUUGUACUCGACAGUAUUGACCUGUUUGGGUCGUUGCAAAAUGAUUUACCAUUGAUGAGUGGUGGUGGUGGUUCUCAGUCGUCGGCUUCCUCCCAUCAGUCAGUGCCCUUGUAUCGGCGUCAAGCUGGGCAAGCCUACCAGAACAGCGGGGCGUCUUCUUCAUCCAACAAUCAAUCGAUAGCUUCUUCAACGCCCGACUUACUGGAUAAUCAUCUCCAGCAGACGCUUUUCGAGUCGCUGGAAAAUGGCAAAUUAAUGGCCAACACUGCCAGCACCGGCAAUAUGAUUUUCGGUGGCGGAAAUCAAGCACAGAAUUUUGGAGUGGCCGGCACUGAACAAUCUGGAAACGGUGGUUUCCAAGGGUUCAACGCAAUCCACAAUCUGGCAGCAGGGCUUAUGCAACAACAACAGCAUGGAGGUGGUGGUCCCACUAAUCGUGAGUUUAUGCAUCAUUUGCACCAACAACAACAGCAACACCUACAGCAGCAGCAGCAGCAACAACAACAGCAGCACCAGCAACAACAGCAUCUCAUGCAUGAUGUCCGGGCCACCUCGGCUGGGAGUGUUGAAGAACUUUUGAGCAGACAAAAUCAAACGUAUGCCAGUGUGCUCAGCCAGGGAGGUGGAACGGGAAAAUCGAAGGAUGGCAGUGUCGGCGGGCUAGAUGGUAAUGGUGGGCCAGGCUCGAGUGGCGUCGGCAACGAUCCAUUUGCCGCACUCCGAGAUUUGGGCCGAAAAAGUAACGGAUAUUACAAUUACUUUCAGUAAAUAAUUGAAACUUUAGCAGUGAAGGUAAGUGGAUCAGAUAGAAACGCUACUAAAACAUUAUAGACUUCUGUCGGUGGUACCACAUGAACGAAAAAUUAUACAAACACUAGCAUAGAGAAAGAAAGCUUGUUUUGUGAUUUUUAGUAGGUUUUCAAUCUAACGAUAUGAAACUUUGCUGCUAUUUAGUCAGUGGCAGCAGUUUUGUGAUUUGUUGUAACAUUUAUUUUUUCUUUAAUUCUGCCAACACGUUCUUUUUAGAAGCGGGCUUGCAUAUGAUGUUUUGCAGUUUAGUUUUGAGUUUUGUAGCGUGUUAGCAGGGAUUCAAUAAGUGAAUCCACUGGAUAGAAGAGAUUUGUGAACUACACAUAUUAUAUGAAAUUUAAAGUGAAAAAAGAAGAAAAACACAAAAAAAACAAAAAAAAAACAAAUGAAAAACCCAAAAAGUUACGUCUAACUAUAUUUACCUACACAUUUAUAAACUCUUAUUUAUAAUGAAAAAAAAAAAAAACAAUAGAAAAACACUCAACAAAAAUAUAAAAAAAUUGGUAUUCUGUUCUAUGAUUAUUAUUUAAAUAAAUUUAAUUGCAAUUCUUUUAAUUAACAUGUCAUGAACUGGACUUAUUUUCUGAUCUAAAUUUAAACUUGCUUACUUUGAAUUGGUAGCUGAGAAUUUUGCUACCACGAUUAACAAAUAAUUGCAAAUUAUCAACUGAAAAAUACCUAAACUUGUGUCAUGGUACUGGGAAUAAAUGUCAUACAUUUGCAAAUUUAGCAAUACACUUGAAAACGACUAAAACAAACAUACCUACAAGAAAUUGCAAAACUUAGUUCAACGUUGUCAUCGUACUUCGAAAACAACAAGUAACGCUUGGAGAGCAGAAUCACACUUUCAUUAGGCAAAACAUUUAAUUAAUUUUCGAUUGUAUCCAAAACUUUUCUGAACAUUGUGACGCUGUGGAAGUCAAAUUUCAAUUCAAAAAUAGAAAUGCAUGUACACGAACUUCCUCUCCCCAUGGAUAGGAUGAUAAACGUUAGGAUAAAAUUGACGAUAAAAUCGUCCUAGAAAGCCUAUAUUAAUAGGGACACUUAAUUUUUUUGAGUUGAAAUAAAAUAUUAUUAUACCGUAUAUAAAUAUUAACCCUAACCCAAGAGUCGGCGAACGAUUUGGAAAUAUGAUUUACGUAACUGGUGAAGACAUCUUCAAAUGGGGUCGGAGCAUAGCAAAUGAUGAACGGAACACUCAGAGUACGAACUUAUAUUCAGAAUUGUGGAGAAUUUCGUUUCAAAACCAAUAUUUAGAAUGCAGAAAAUAUCUUGAAAAUACAGGAGUAGAACUUUUAAUAACAAUCAGAUUUUAAACUCAUCAAUGAAUCUGUAACAGAAUUAGAAAAACAAAUUCUACGUUACUUCAGAUUUCGAAUUCAUUAUAAAGGAAUCACAUUUCAAAGUUCAGAAUCAAGUAUCCAGGAUUCAGAAUUCAGAUUCAGGAUCGAAAAACACUUCGACUUUUCUUCAGAAUUAAGAUGUUGAUUCCUGAUAGGAACGUCUAGUUUAAAAUUUUGUUUUGUAAGGUUAGAACGGAAAUGGAAACGGUAUUUUAGUUUAGAAUUGAUUUUUUCUUUUCAUGUUCUCAAUUUGAAAUUCCGAAUCUGAGUUCAGUUUGAUCUACGUCUUCGAUGUUCGUGAACAUUUUUGCAGAUCGUUCUAUGAUUAUGGUUAUUAUAAGCUAGGAAUUAAGAUUUUGAAAGAAGCUCUCAUUUUAUAUGCAAUUUGAACAAAAAUAAAAACAUUGAAAAAAUACAAAAAAAAAUAUAAAAAAUGAGAAAAUGUGACAAAAAAUGAAUGUAAACACGCUAGAUUAUUGCUUGGCUACGAAUAACUUUGAGUCUUUCUUUGACGAUUGGCCGGUUUAAUUUACGAUACAAUCCGAUGAUCGGCGAAUCGUCAAUUUGAGAACAGUGUUCGGGCUAAGUCUUAUGUAGAUCUUAAAUAAAUAAUAACGUAUUUAAAUACUUGAAAAAAAAAAUAUAAAAAAAACUUUAAAAAAAAUUUAAAAUGAUAAAAUCCAAAAAACUAUUAUUGAUGAAAAAUUAGAAGUUAGUGUAAUUGUAUCUGUAUUAUAAUAUAAACUUAAAACUUACAUGAUCUACAUUGGACCUAUGAGAAUAGUGAACUAAAUGAUGGGAAGAAGCAAAACGUUUGCAUAAUUAUACAUACUGAAACUGUGGAUUGGAAAAUUUACGAGAGUAAUUAAUAGCACAUUCUGUUAAAACGAUGUAUUUGUUCAUGAAUGCAUCUGGCUGGUGUCACAACUCGCACGAUGAUGGUGUUUUUAAAACUUAAUGUUGUACUGAUAUGAGUACUCUAAAGUUUAUUCAUAUGAAAAAAAAAAUCGUAAAUUAUUGAGGAAGAAUCAAUUCAUUAUGCUUAAGGUAUAAUAUCAACUCUGGGCACUGAUUCAAUCAUUUUUGUCGCGUUUGUCUGAAUAUUUGAUAAUUUGUCUAAAUAUGUAAUUUAUAGGAAAAAUUCUAACUGUAUGGGCUUCUUUUAUUAGUUUUUUUUUAAAUAUUUUGCAACUAGAAUGAACAUUUGUGUUAGCCACAAUUUUUGUUGUUUGGGCACAUGAUAUUCAUAUUCAAAUAAUACUUUUCUGUUUGCGUCCGUUUAAUGUCUCCGAGCAACAACUUAAUUUGAACUACUUGGUUGCGAAUAACAAAAACUCAAUAUUGUCAACAUGCCUUUGAGAAUUGGAAACGGCUGUGGCUCUGGAGUUAUGAAUGAAUAAUUCAUUUGACAAAAAAACCUAUUGUCAAAACACCUCAGACAUAUAAAUUGAAAAUAGUUUAGAACAUUUCGUGAAAUUUUAAGAUACCGUUAUAUCAUUUUCUAACGUUUUAACAAAAGUGCUAUUCCAGAUUACAAUGAGCCAAUUUUUGUGUGGCGUUGCUUAUUGCGUACUAAAAUCCGAGGAGGAUAAGGAAACUAUCCAAAUGUUAAUUAAUUUAUUUUUCCAAUUCAUGCCAGAUUUUAUUUUUUGGUUGACUUCUUAGUCACAGUUUUUGAUUUUUGUGAUUUUCUUUUAAUUCGGGUAUUCCCUUUGAAAACAUAACUAAGCCCAGUGAAAGAUUGAUUAACAUGUACUAUUGCGUUACAUGGGCGUUUCAAAAACGUUUCACCCUACUUGUACACGUUUUGGCUUCGCAAAAAAAGGAAUAAUCUAAAUCAGUAAAUUAUUUUAUCAACCGUACAUAACACCCUUACAAAAAGGUAAAAGAAACAAGUAAAAACAACUGAAACAGUUUCACAAGACGAAAAGUGAAUGAUUCGAAAUCAAAUUUUGAGAAUGAGAAAAAAUAUAAAAGUAUCACAAGUAAG